GCUACUUGUAUAUAUAUAUAUCCUAAAUUCUAAAUUCCACCGCCGUAUCUAAGCAACAACCUUGGGGCUUUCUUUCCGUUUUUACGGCCACCUACAUAACAAUUGCAACCCAAUUAAUUUGGACAGUACGCGCGACACCGGAUUCAGUGUUUCUUUCCUAAUUCGCCGCCACCAACACCGCAAUCAUGGCCGACGAAGUCCGACAGACCCCCGUCCCCGUGCCUCACAUCUACGGCCAACCCACGACGGGUAGCGACGCCGCUGGUAACACCGGUGAAGCUCUCGGCCAGGCAGCACCCGCCCAGACCGUCGAGCAGCCCUCCACCGACGCUGCUGCCUCCGCGCCUGCUCCCACCACGGAGCAAGCUCCUUCCCCCCUCCCCACCAACAACACUGCCGGCGCCCCUCUAACCUCCAACGCGCCCAGCCCUCUAGGCCGCACCGGCACACCUCUCCGCACAACCGCCAACGGCCAAGAGAAAGACGGCGGUAACAACGCCAACUCAUCCUCGCGCGCCGCCUCGCAGCACCCGGAUCCCGGUUUCACCAUGCCGUCUGAAGCUCCUCCCCACGGCGCCCCCGUCCGGCAGUACCUAAACUCCAAGGUUACGGGUCCGCUUCUGGAUGGUAUGAAGAUCAUUGCUAAGGAGCAGCCUAAGGACCCCCUUCGCACUCUAGGCGAGUACCUGAUCCAGCGCUCUAAGGAUCUCGAGGCGUCUUCUUCCUCUUCGACUUAAAGGUGGCUAGCACGACGAUCGGCGAUGGAAGGUAGCAUCAAAACGGAGUUUCAGGCACAGGGCAGGGCAAAAAUUAACUAGGCAUCGCAAUUGCGCAGUCGCACGAAGGAUAGAGCUUUGAUUUUUCAUUUUUCGCUACGAUGAUACCACUGCUUUAGUUUAGAGGCAUUGCUCAAUUUACGAGGAACGAUAUACUGUUUCUAGGGCUAGGGAGUACGACAAAGUCUAGGACAAGGCAAUUCAUAAGGCAAUAUAAAAAAGUGCAAUAAAAGUGACUUUCAC